CGGGGUUUGAGUUUGGGAAAAUUCAGUGAAUAGCGUAACAACAAGUCUUGGGGGAGAAAUCUGGUAUAUGAAAGCUGUUUUUAGACAUGGAAAUCGCAUUUUAAGUGUGAUGCUGGGAAAUCCUAUCCAUGCCUUCAUCCAGCUCUGAGGAGACUCACUCACACGUCUGACCGCCAGAGGAAAGACUGAAACUUUUGAAGACGCUGCGUCUGGUCGUGGGGAUCCAGUGUGAGUGGACGGUGGGAUGAAACUCUUCUCUUGCUUCAUUCCUCUGCUGUUACGGACAUAUUACUCUACCUUGGAAGCCAUCGGCAGCUCUUAACUAAUAAUGCGGCGUGAUUGAUCAUCGACAGGAGACAAUACCCAUCCACUGCUUUCCAUUCCCACAUAUUCGCUGGAUAUCUGUAGACGAAGUGCGGGCGAAGAGGCUUUUGUUCUGCGGUGUUUCUCGCUGUGACGGGACUUAUUGUGUUUAGAUCAAUAUGACGUCUCCUGCUAAAUUCCGAAAGGACAAGGAAAUUAUAGCCGAAUAUGAAACGCAAGUUAAAGAGAUCCGAGCUCAGUUGGUGGAGCAGCUUAAGUGUUUGGACCAGCAAUGUGAGCUCCGUGUGCAGCUCCUGCAAGACCUGCAGGACUUCUUCCGCAAGAAGGCAGAGAUUGAGAUGGACUACUCCCGCAACCUAGAGAAACUAGCUGAGAGGUUCCUGGCAAAGACACGCUACACAAAAGACCCUCAAUUCAAAAAAGAGCAGAAUAUCUUGUCUCCAGUCAACUGCUGGAACCUUCUCUUGGCUCAGGUGAAGAGAGAAAGUCGAGACCAUGCCACUCUCAGUGAUCUCUACCUCAACAACAUCAUCCCACGCUUCGCCCAGAUCAGCGAAGACUCAGGACGCCUCUUUAAAAAGAGCAAAGAGGUGGGCCUCCAGCUGCAGGAGGAUCUGAUGAAAGUCCUCAAUGAGUUGUACACGGUGAUGAAGACUUAUCACAUGUACAACAUGGACAGCAUCAACGCAGAGAGCAAGCUGAAGGAGGCAGAGAAGCAGGAGGAGAAACAGAUGAGCCGCAGUGUCCGGCAUGAGGAAAAACAGACCCCUCGCUCACCUGACUCUCUCACCAACAUCAAGAUCGAGGAUAAACACGUGCGCCGCAGCUCCGUCAAGAAGAUUGAGAAGAUGAAGGAGAAGCGGCAGGCCAAAUACACUGAGAAUAAGCUGAAAGCUAUCAAGGCCAGGAAUGAGUAUCUUCUGGCUCUGGAGGCCACAAACAGCUGCGUCUUCAAAUACUACAUCCAUGAUCUGUCUGACCUCAUCGAUUGCUGUGAUCUGGGCUACCAUGCCAGCCUGAACCGUGCACUGCGUACCUACCUCUCGGCUGAGUUUAACGUGGAGACAUCCAAACACGGGGGCCUGGAGACCAUUGAGAAUGCAGCAGAAAACCUGGAGGCCAACUCAGACAAACAGCGGCUCAUGGAGACCUACAACAACGUCUUCUGUCCUCCGAUGCGCUUCGAUUUCCAGUCUCACAUGGGUGACAUGGUUGGACAUUUGUGUGCCCAGCAGCCUGUGCAGGGAGAGCUGAUCCAGAGAUGCCAGCAGCUUCAGUCCCGUCUGUCCACACUGAAUAUAGAGAAUGAAGAGGUUAAGAAGACCAUGGAGGCCACUUUACAGACCAUCCAGGACAUGGUGACCAUAGAGGACUUCGAUGUGACCGACUGCUUCCACCACAGCAACUCAAUGGAGUCGGUCAAGUCCACAGUGUCUGAGUCUUUCAUGAGCAAACCCAGCCUGGCCAAGAGACGAGCCAACCAGCAGGAGACCGAACAGUUCUACUUCACGAAACUGAAGGAGUUUCUGGAGGGCAGGAACCUCAUCACCAAACUGCAGGCUAAACACGAUCUGAUCCAAAAGACUCUGGGAGAAAGUCAGAAGACGGACUACUGCCUUGCCAGCGGACGGAGGGACUCCACUGUGCGGAAACAGGAGGCCAUCCAAAUCAUUCCCCUGAUGGUGGAGAGUUGUAUUCGCUUCAUCAGUCGACACGGUCUCCAUCAUGAGGGGAUUUUCAGGGUGUCUGGCUCCCAGGUGGAGGUCAAUGACAUUAAAAACGCCUUUGAAAGAGGUGAGGAUCCGCUGGCUGGAGAUCAGAAUGAUCACGAUAUGGACUCCAUCGCUGGAGUGCUGAAGCUCUACUUCAGAGGCCUGGAAAACGCCCUGUUUCCUAAGGAAGUCUUCCAUGACCUCAUGUCCUGUGUCUCCAUUGAGAGCCUCCAGGAAAGAGCUGUGCACAUCCGAAAAGUCCUGCUGUCGCUGCCCAGCAACAUCCUGGUUAUCAUGAGAUACCUGUUUGCUUUUCUCAAUCAUCUGUCUCAGUACAGUGACGACAACAUGAUGGACCCCUACAACCUGGCUAUCUGCUUCGGCCCCACACUCAUGUCUGUUCCUGAGGGCCACGAUCAAGUCUCCUGCCAGGCACAUGUGAACGAGCUCAUCAAAACCAUUAUUAUCCACCACGAGAGCAUCUUUCCAGGGCCCCGUGAGCUGGAGGGCCCCGUCUACGACCGUGGAGGAGCCCCUGAGGAAUACUGUGAUAGUCCACACAUUGAGCCCCCUCUAGUGGACGAACCUGCUCCUGACACGGUCUCUGUAAUCCACAACAGUGAUGACGAGUCGGACCCCAUCGAGGCCAUCGCUCGCUUCGAUUACUCUGGACGCACCAACCGCGAGCUGAGCUUCAAAAAGGGGGCGUCUCUGCUGCUGUACAGCCGCGCAUCUGAUGACUGGUGGGAGGGACGACACAACGGCACUGAGGGUCUCGUGCCGCACCAGUACAUAGUAGUGCAGGACAUGCCGGAUGGAUAUGCAGGCAGAGGAAGUCCUAAAGCUGACCUCGAAGGAUCCCAUGAUUCAGUGGAAGAGAAGGUUUCCACGAGAGCCAGUGCCAGCUCACCCACUGGAGGUCAUGUGGCUGAUAUCUAUCUAGCCAACCUCAACAAGUUGAGGAAGCGUCCAGAAGCGACGAGCAUCCGGAGAACCAUCCGGCCUGUGGAGGAGGGCUCAUCAGGAGCAGCAGGGGGCUUAAAGACCUCCUCUAUGCCUGCUGGAGGACUGGCCAAGGACAGCUCAGACAAGCGUCCUGUCAGCGCUCACAGCGUCCUGAACUCCAUCACCAGACACUCGUCUCUCAAGACUAAAGUAGAGGGUCCUCAAGUUCGCAAAUCCACACCUACUGGACGAUCCAAGAGCUUCAGCAACCACAGACCCCUCGACCCAGAGGUGAUCGCGCAGGUGGAGCACAGCUCACAGGACAUCGAGGCCACUAUGAACACGGCUCUGAGUGAGCUGCGAGAGCUUGAGAGGCAGAGCAACGUCAAACAUGCUCCAGACGUGGUUCUCGACACACUGGAGCAGCUCAAAAGUGGCGGGACAUCUGAACCAUCCAGCCCUCUCCAUUCCCGCCUGCUCCGCGAAGCUGAAUCCUCUCAGCAUCCUCUGCAGCGCAGCGCCAGUUCAGCCAGCGACAUGCCCUCCACUUUCCGACCCAGCAAAACCACAGGCCCCAAGAGCCCUCUGUCCUCCAUGACCACCGCUUCUGGCUCCACAUUCAGAGAUAACAAACCUCCAGCCACCAGACCCAAGCCUGUGGUGUUCCCCAAAAGCAGUUCAGCCGGAGGAAGUCCGGCUAUGGGAUCUCCAACCACCACCAUCCCACCAACACCACCACCUCCACCACCACCCACCGACAAAUCCUGCCCCGUCUGAGGGUUUCCCAGCAAAAAAACAACAGGAUAGUUUAGAUUUGAGUGAGCGAGUAAGUGUUUAAUACACACAGGAUGAUUUUUCAGCAGUUGUUAGUUUGGACUGAGACUCGGACAUCAGCCGGAUCUUCUUUUCUAAUCCCAGUUUAGAGCUUUGGAGUUCUUUUCUGUCUGUACAGACUCGUUUUAAUGGGAAAAGACUUUUUUUGAGGUCAAAGAACUAUUCGAGGAGACAUUUUCACCUCAGACUUUAGUGCAAAUUGAAGCAGGUUGAAUGGAAACACAUUUUUUUUUCCUCCUGAUAUAAAUCCGCCACUCAAAUGCAAUGACAUUUCUGAGUCGAUCCAAUCCGUCAGAUUCUACAAAUCCAAUAAUCACUAGUUAUACUUCAUAAUUCACCUUAUAACCUACACUGGCACUCUUUUUAGCCAACCAAACCAUAAACGUGACAAAUAAACACGUUUGCAUGAAGAUCCACAAGAUUUUUUGCAUGAUGAACGCGACUUCCCAAACCAUUGGAUUUAUCAUCGAUAUUCCGUAAUUGCUCCAAAGCACUUCUGAAUUCAUUAACAGUCUGAGAUGUCAUUUUAUUCUACUAUUAUAAUAUCAUCGGGCACAUAAAAAAAGGGUGUUGUUUUGUAUAAGUCUAAUAAUCGUGAUUAUAACUGGAAACAAGUAUCUAAAAAUGAGGAAUGUCAAGAAAGCACAUUAUUUCUUCAUGGCCCGUGUGUAAAAAAAAAAGAAAAAAUAACAAGAAAAAUAAUUCUCCCUAGGUCAUUACUCGCCUCUGGGUCUAUUUCAUGGUAUCUAUGUAUUAGUAUGUGUGUUUACGUACAGUAUGUAUAUAAUGACUCUUCGUAGCAGCCUGACAGCAGUUUCUUUAUUUUAUUUGAUCAGAUUUACAAUGCAAAAAAAAGGGAAAAACUAAAAGGGGACACAUGCAAAAAUGAAGCUCGCUUUCUUCUGUUUGUUUUUCUGAAAGAAUAAGUGUGCAAAAAGCCUCCUUAAAGAGAUAGUGCGCCCAAAAAGGAAGAUUUGUGGUUAGUUGACUCAUCCUAAAAAGAUAUUUGACUGUGUGAUGUAGAUGUAGGUCACUUUAUUUCUUUAGUGAACAUUAGAAACGAUAUUUAGCUCAAAUUGUGGUCUUUAAUUAUACUUUGAGUGUCUAAAAAACAUCAUAAAGGCAACACAAACUUACUCCACAUGACAAACGCUGUGAUUUAAAGAAGCAAAACAAUCAAUCUGUGUAUGAAUUAGAAUAUUAAGUACAUUAUUAUCAUUAAUCCCCACAGGCUGAUUGUUUUGGAUUAUAAAAUAUCAGUCUAUCAUCAUGUAUUGAGUUGUGUUGCCUCCAUUUGUUUUUAUUUUUUACUUUUAUUUUGGAAGCCAAAAACAUAAAGGCAACACAAAAUUACUCCACAUGACAUACGCUGUGAUUUAAUGAAGCAAAACAAUCGACCUGUGUAUGAAUCUGAAUAUUAUUUACAUUACUGAUACCAAUGAUCCUCACAGACUGAUUGUUUUGGAAUUUAAAACAUCAGUGUAUCGUCAUGUAUUAAGUUUGUGUUGCCUCCAUUUGUUUUAUUUUAUUUAUUAUUAUUAUUAUUUUUAAAAGUAAAAAAUAACAUAGAGGCAACACAAACUUACUCCACAUGAUGUACAUUGUGAUUUUCUGAAGCAAAACAAUUGAUCUGUGUAUGAAUCUGAAUAUUAAGUAUAUUGUUGAUACCAAUGAUCCUCACAGACUGAUUGUUUUGGAUUUUAAAAUAUCAGUGUAUCGUCAUGUAUUAGGUUUGUGUUGCCUCCAUUUGUUUUUAUGUAUUUUUUAAUAUUAUUUUGAACGUCAAAAUUCUCUGAUCUACCUUCCUGCAGAUUUCAGUUGCAACCCUUAUCAAACACACCUGUCUUUAAUUAUCUAGUGCAGUUCAGGUCCUAAUUAAUUGGUUCAGGUGUGUUUGAUCAGGGUUGGAGCUGAACUCUGUAGGAAGCUAGAUCUCCAGGAACAGGGCUAAGCAUCCCUGAUAUACAUUAUUAUCACUGAUCCUCACAGACUGAUUGUUUUGGAUUAUAAAACAUCAGUGUGUCUUUAUGUAUUAAGUUUGAAAGUCACAAAAUAAAAAAUAAAUAAACAUACAGGAAACACAAAUUUUUUAGCAUGACUCCUGACAGUACGUUGAGAUUCCAUCGCAAAACAAUUGAUCUGAAUAUGAAGACUAGAUAUAUUCUUAGUUUUGAUCCACAGACUGAUCGUUCCAGUUUAUAAAACAUCAGCGUAUCAUACUUACGUUUUAAUUUUGUGUUGCCUGUAUGUAUGUUUGUUUUGUUUUUGACUCUCAAAGUACUAUUAGCUUUUUAAUAUGUACGACCAAGGCCACAUACACAACUGAAAGUCUGGUUAGUGUACAGUCUGAGGGUGAGUAAAUUAAACAUCAUUUCCUUUCAUUUUUGGUGGAACUCUUCCUUUAACGUCUGACAAUCUUUAUAAGAUGCCUGUCCAAAGAGCUAAAUGCCCCUCACAGGGUCUGCGUGAUUUUAUUGCCUUCGACAGAACGGAUCAGACAAGUGUGUAUUUUCCCAAAGCGAGGCCUUAUUAUGCAUGAAAACAAGUUUGUGAACGUAGACAACAGCUAACUGCGACUUAUGGAAAAUAUCUGUAGAUAGACUAAGAUCUUUAUGACUGAGGCAUUGUUUUGUUUUUCUCCAAGUAACGUUCCUUGUUUUCCUAUUGUGUUCUUUUCUGAAUGUGUCGUCGUGUCACAGGUGGUUACAUUUGUUCACAUGUAAAUGAUCGGAAGUAUUGUGUGCGUGUGUGUGUGUGUGUUGUUCCUGAUACCUCAUAAAGGCAACUGGAAGCUGUCUUAUUGGAGUUUUCGUGAGCAGGACUUUUACAUGCAAAUGACAGCAGGUCGUGUUUAAUGUGUAAAUGUUAAUAGUAUGCUGUCGGCCGAGGCCUACGUUUACACACAUGAUGUUUCCUUGAGUAAACUGAAAUCAAUCAUUAUACACUUGAAUCUGCAUUGUAUGUUUGUGAACACAUUGAGUGAGGGUGAUUUUCUUUCUUUCUUUCUAUUUUCUUUGUAAUCAUAACUGUAUUAAAAUGUAAUUCCUGUCCAGUUGAAGCAAGACUGUAAAAUGAAUCGUCUUGUCAGAACUAUUUAUAGUUGUCCAUUCUGAUAUCUGUUCCCACAGAAGCGUGUGUUCAGAUGUUGUUUUGUAUAUACAAUAGUGUACAUUGCAGAGGUACAUUGUUUUUUUCUUCUUCUUCUUUUUCAUAUUUUGUUUGUGGGGGUUCUUAUUUCUUCUUUUUUUGGUACAAUAUUGUACAGUUACAGCAAUAGUAGUUCCACUCAAAUAUACAUUCUAUAAUUCCAUGUGUAGUUCUUGUAGUAAACAUUUUUAAAUAAAAAAUUGCUUGCUAAACGUGUAUUUGAUUGUUUCAAUUAAACAAAAGCUGCGAAAUGUGAAAAUUAUCUCUUUUUUUCAAUAUUGCCAGCCUUUUUUCAUUCUAAAUAAAACAUAACUGACUAAA